CCCGACUUUGACAGGUGUAGAACUUACAGCAAACAUUUUGUAAAUAAGAACUCAUCUCCAAGUCGAUCAAGUUGAGAUAUACUCAUCUACUCCAAAUCGUUUGUAGAAGGGUUAUGUGCAGGUGGUAUGUUGAGGGAUGUUGUGCUGCCGUGAUGACAGGCUGGAGUACAACACAAAUCUGCUGAUAUCCCCCUACUACAAAAGCCAACAUAAGGCGGGUGCCGGAUGAAGUCGGGUAUGUCUUCUCAUCAUGCCCAUGCAGUGGCUCGCCACUGUGAACACACACAGAACAAAAUACACACAGUGGCUGAGCUGCUGCUGUUGUCUAGCCAGUUCCGACCAAUCAGAACAGAAAACACAAGUACGGUGGAGAUGUGUUUGGGGUCAGCACAGGAACAGAUCAACUCCUCGCUGACCAUUAUCCUGGAGAUAGUGGCAGACCUUGCAAGGCUUGUGGCUGACCUGAAUGCUCGAUGGAAGGUUGUGUGUGACAUGUUGUACAGACUGGGCGACGCAGUCACAGUUCUGGUCGAGCUUGUGUAUUUCGUUAUGUAUGAAAAGUUGGAGCCGGCGGUAGACUUGAGUACAGCAUUGAUUGAUAAGUACUGCACAUCAUACGCAGGCCUAGAGAUCAAACUAAGCUGCGUGCAGUUGAAGCGGGCAAGACUGGAUGAGCUUAACGCCACAUUUAUAAUGGACAUCUGUUCAAAUAUUUCGAAGUACAUCUCUGUGCUGACUGAGCAGUGUCGGGGAGCCAGUGAGGCGGGGCCAGACACAGGCACCAGGGACCAGUUCAAACUGGCAAUAAAGAGUGUGACAUGUGCAGCCGGGGGCCUUAUAGCAAGCAUUAAAGCGUACAAGAAUGACCGCUCACCCCGACACCACACACGUGUAGUCACUUUUUGCGAACCCGUACUGGCAGCAAGCUGUGCCCUGGUAAGCCUGGCAACAGAAGAGGAGUUUGUGGGUGAGGGGAGAGAACUAACUCCUGAGGAGAAGGAUGUACAGAAGGCUGUGUUUGGUCCGUGUAUGAACCUUGUGUCUGGGUGUGUACAGCUGUGCAAAUCCCUACGAGACUUCACCUACGACACAGGUAAUUCUCACUACACACACAAGGUGCGGUCAUGUCACUCAUGUGUCCUCAAAUCCAGCAACCAUCUCAAACACGAACUCCAGAAACGUUUUAAAAUGGAUUUUCAAGUGAAAGGCUUAAGUCCAUUAAAGGGGGAGAACUUCAUAAAAAAUGGUGACUCCUCAGACAGUCCCCGAGAGUUGAUCCACUUUGGGAGAAGAUCGCCUAUACCAAGUAGAGUGGAGGAUGAUGGGAAAGAUGGUGGUGAAGGGCCACAUGACCAGUCUCCUUCAUCAACCCUUGCACCGUCUGACAUCACCACGACAACCCUCACUGCCUCGGAUAUCACCACAUCAAGUGUAGUCUCCAGAUAGAUUGGGAAUGGUCAUUACACUUCCCUUGAAGAUAAAAAGUUGUCACAACAUUUCUGUAAAUUCAACUUGAGUGCUCUGUAUUUUCCAGUAUUGUGCAAUACAACACAUUAUAACUAGGGAUUCAUAAAACAUGCAAGUUCAAACUCUCAUUCUGUUCUGUUUGUUUUAAGGGCCAUGACCAUAUUUAAAGCAAUGAAUCUCUAGUCUUCUUCAUUAUGGCGUUUAUUAAAAUAUUUAUUUCUGUCUCAGGCAUAUAAAAGAGAUGUUACUACAUGUAAUGUCUAUCAUCAGAAUGUAGUAUUUCUAUCAAUAUUGAAUAUAAUAUGUUUUGAGACUCAAAGACUAAGAACAAUAUGAUUAAGUGUUUAAUGCAUAGAAGUGUAUGGAAGGAAUAUAUUACAUGUCACCUUUGUUUUCUGGAAGUGUAUGGAAGGAAUAGAUUACAUGUCACCUUUGUUUUCUGGAAGUGUAUGGAAGGAAUAGAUUACAUGUCACCUUUGUUUUCUGGAAGUGUAUGGAAGGAAUAGAUUACAUGUCACCUUUGUUUUCUGGAAGUGUAUGGAAGGAAUAAAUCACAAGUCACCUUUGUUUUCUGUGUUCUGUUGAAAUUGUCUGAAACUUAAUUCUCAUAAGCUUUCAUUUUCUUGACUUGAGCAGAACAUAUUCCCCAAAACUUUGAACAAAGAAACAACAGUUAUGACAUUUUUAGAACUAGAUCAUAUGCUAUUGCAACAAUAUUCAUGUAGAUGUGGACUUUUGAUGUUUUAUUAUGUAAAAGGUGAAUAUUUAAAAAUAUGUAUUGUUUGUAUCAUCUUGGAGUUUGUACAUGAUUAUUCUAUAACAUACAGAUUGAAAGCUGGAUGAAUGGUAUUAACUUGUGUAAAUGAAUAGCUUCUUGUUAUCUCACUGUGUUUUGGAUGAUAUAUCUGUAGUUGUUUGUUUAACCUUGGCUUGUUGAAUCUCAUUAGCUCGACUAUUCGAAGAAUAAGGAGGGCUAUACUACUCGCCCCAGCGUCGGCGCCCGCUUAAAGUUUUAGGGCGAGUUGGGAUUUUAACUUAUAAGUCCAAUACCGUUCAUUCAAUUGACUUAAUACUUCACACAGUUGUUCAGAGCCAUCACAUAAUGAGGUUAGAUAACUCCAUAUUAUCUUUUAUAAAAAUUAUGGCCCCUGAUUGACUAUGGACUUUAGGUUAAAGUUUUAAGGUAGGUUGAGAUAUUUAUUAAUAACUUCUAUACCCUUCAUUCAAUUGACUCAAUACUUCACACAAUUGUUUAGGACCAUCACACAAUGAGGUUACAUAACUUAUUAUAUUAUCCUUAAUACAAGUUAUGGCCCCUGAUUGACUUAGGUUAAAGUUUUAGGGCAAGUUAAAGUUUAGGGCAUGUUGGGAUUUUAAUAAAAAAAACUUCUAUACCUUUCAUUCAAUGCACUUAAUAAAAUGCAACAAGAAACAUAACUCCACUUUAACCCUAAAUACAAAUUAUGGCCCUUGAAUAUUUUUUUAUUUUUAUUUUUUUAACUUUAUUUUUAUUUCUUUUGAAGGGCACAUUUUUAGCUCACCAGAGCACGAAGUGCUUAAGGUGAGCUGUUGUGAUCGGUCUUUGUCCGAAACCAGUCCGUCCGUCCGUCCCUCCGUCAACAAUUGCUUAACAAACAACUCCUCUGAAACUACUUGGCCAAAUUCAAUGAAACUUCACAGGAAGCUUCCAUGGGUGACCCUCUACAAAAAUACAACAAGGGAUCAUGAUUGAUCAACAGCAACAACAACAAAAUGGCUGUCUUCCUGUUUUGCUUUAAAAAACAUCUCCUCUGAAACUACCAGUCCAAAUUCAAUUUAACUUUACAGGAAGCUUCCUUGGGUGACCCUCUACAAAAAACAACAAGGGGUCAUGAUUGAUCAACAACAUAGACAAAAUGGCCAAAAUGUUAAAAUCUGAUAGUUAUGUAAAGGUUACUCUUGAAGCAAGGGCAGCAAGUCUUGCUAUAUGGUCUCCCUUUUUGUUGGAGAUUCCACUACUUUCUAUUUUUAGUAACAAGGGAAUAGAUUUUAAAUUUUAUUAAGUCUUCAACAUAGUCACUUCUAAGGUAAUUAUUAUUAUUUUUUUAGGUUCAUAGAUUCAAAUUAUUAUUAUACACUUUAUUCUUUAGAAGAAAUUUCAUUUUCACUUAAUGAUAAAUUUAAUGAUCAGACUUUUCGAUUGAACUUCAUGUAGAUUAUCGUAAACUUCAUGUAGAUUAUUCUAAGCUACAAUCUUAUCUUCAGUGUGGAUAGUGAAUAAGCCUUAAUGAAUAUAAAGAAAAAAAUGAUUUGGAACAUUUUAAGGAAGAUGAUGUUGACCUAGAUGGAAGAAGCGAUAAUAUUAGUGGAAGGUGCUGAAUGUGUUCUGAUAUUUGAUUUUUAGAGUUUAAGGCAGUUAAAGGCACUGUUUGUUGUUUGUGUAUCUCUUUACUGAAAGUUAUUUCAGUGUGCAAGCAAUUUAACAUAGUUUUGUCAGUGUGCAGGCAAUUGAAUGAAGUCCUGUCAGUGUGCAGGCAAUUGAACAAAGUCAGUGUGCAGGCAACUAAUAAAAAGUUCUCUCAGUGUGCAGGUAUCUGUACCAAGUGCUGUCAGUGUGCAGUCAAUUAUCAAGUCCUGUCAGUGUGCAGGCAACUGAACAAAAUCCUGUCAGUGUGCAGUCAAUCACCAAGUCCUGUCAGAGUGCAGGAUACUGUGACAAGUCCUGUCAGUGUGCAGGCAACUGUGACAAGUCAUGUUAGUGAUUAUCCAGGCAACAUGUUUGACCAGUAUGUUUUUCAAUAUUCUUUAAGAACAAAUAUCAAGCUAUAUGGAUUACAAAGGUUAAACUCUUUUACUUAGGUGAGCGAUUUAAGGCCAUCUUGGCCCUCUUGUUAUAUUCUUAAGCACAUUUUCAUAAAGGGAAAACAAGUUAUUUGAAUGACUUGCGUUAUUGUUCGGGCGGGCUGGUGGGAGGGCAGCAUCAAAGUCACAUUAUGUAUCGAAUAAUUUUAGCUAGGUUUGACAUAUUAUAAGAGACCAAACUUGGUAUAUAGAAAAAGUUUAUGGAGACCUUUUAUGGGAAUGCGUUUGAGGCCCCUACGAUCAAGGUCAAGGUUACUAUUAAUAGAAAAAGGGUUGGUUUUGAAUAACUUAAGUAAGGGUCUACAUGUUGUGACCAAACUUGGUAUAUAGGAAAAGUUUAUAGAGACCUUUUCUGAGAUUGUGUUUUGGGCCCCGAGAGCUAUGUUCUAGGUCAAGGUCACUGUUGCUAAAAAAAGAAAUAUGGUUAGUACUGAUUAACUUAAGUAAGGGUUGACAUAUGUGACCAAACUUAGUAUAUAGGACAAGUAGAUGAUAUGCAGAGCUUUCAUGGAUUCCCUAGGGUCAAGGUCACUGUUACUAAAAAUAGAUUACUGUUUCAGUUAUGAUUGACAUACUGUGACCAAACUUUUUAUGUAGGAAGAGUUUAUGGAGGAUUUUCAUUGGAUUGCGUUUGGGGCCCUUAGGAUCAAGGUCACUGUUACAAAAAAUAGAAGAAAGCAGUUGAAACUGAAUCUCUUCUGCCAAUAAUUAAAAACCGGAUUUUGUCACAUGGCAAUUCUUGUUCACUUUUUAAUUUGAUUGUUUUAUUGCUUUUGACAGGCACAUAUUACAUCGUUAUUGUAUUCACUUUUAAGUCAAAGCAGCGUAGUCGAGCACACUGUCUUACGACAGCUCUUGUUUAAACAUAUGUUCACUUUAAUUGUUCUACAUUAUAUUUUAUAGUAAUAUGUUAUAAUGUGUUUCGUUGCUGUUGUACUAAAUUACUUGAUACCUUUAACAUGUUGGUGCUCUCACAUUUGAUAGUUUCCAAACUCUCUUUCAUUGAAUAGUUUCCAAACUCUCUUACAUUGGCUAGUCACCAACUAUUUGUGCCAAACUCUCUCACAUUGGCUAGUCACCAGACUUUCUUACAUUGGCUAGUCACCAGACUCUCUUACAUUGGCUAGUCUCCAGGCCCUCUUACAUUGGCUAGUCGCAAGACUAUCUAACAUUGGCUAGUCUCCAGACCCUAUUACAUUGGCUAGUCGGCAGACUCUCUAACAUUGGCUAGUCUCCAGACUCUCUUACAUUGGCUAGUCUCCAGACUCUCUUACAUUGGCUAGUCACCAGACUCUCUUACAUUGGCUAGUCACCAGACUCUCUUACAUUGGCUAGUCACCAGACUCUCUUACAUUGGCUAGUCACCAGACUCUCUUACAUUGGCUAGUCACCAGACACUCUCACAUUGGAUAGUCUCCAGACUCUCUUACAUUGGAUAGUCUCCAGACUCUCUCACAUUGGCACGUCUCCAGACACUCUCACAUUGGCUAGUAACCAGACUCUCUUACAUUGGCUAGUCUCCAGACCCUCUUACAUUGGCUAGUCUCCAGACUCUCUUACAUUGGCUAGUCUCCAGACCCUCUUACAUUGGCUAGUUUCCAGACUCUCUUACAUUGGUUAGUCACCAGACUCUCUUACAUUGGUUAGUCUCCAGACUCUCUUACACUGGCUAGUCUCCAGACCCUCUUACAUUGGCUAGUCACCAGACUCUCUUACAUUGGCUAGUCACCAGACUCUCUUACAUUGGCUAGUCACCAGACUCUCUUACAUUGGCUAGUCACCAGACUCUCUUACAUUGGCUAGUCACCAGACUCUCUCACAUUGGCUAGUCACCAGACUCUCUCACAUUGGAUAGUCUCCAGACUCUCUCACAUUGGAUAGUCUCCAGACUCUCUCACAUUGGCACGUCUCCAGACUCUCUCACAUUGGCUAGUAACCAGACUCUCUUCCAUUGGCUAGUCUCCAGACCCUCUUACAUUGGCUAGUCUCUAGACUCUCUUACAUUGGCUAGUCUCCAGACCCUCUUACAUUGGCUAGUCUCCAGACUCUCUUACAUUGGUUAGUCACCAGACUCUCUUACAUUGGUUAGUCUCCAGACUCUCUUACAUUGGCUAGUCUCCAGACCCUCUUACAUUGGCUAGUCUCCAGACUCUCUCACAUUGGCUAGUCUUCAGACCCGCUUACAUUGGCUAGUCUCCAGACUCUCUUACAUUGGCUAGUCUCCAGACUCUCUCACAUUGGUUAGUCUCCAGACCCUCUCACAUUGGCUAGUCUUCAGACCCUCUUACAUUGGCUAGUCUCCAGACUCUCUUACAUUGGCUAGUCACCAGACUCUCUUACAUUGGCUAGUUACCAGACUCUCUCACAUUGGCUAGUCUCCAGACUCUCUUACAUUGGCUAGUCUCCAGACUCUCUCACAUUGGCUAGUCUCCAGACUCUCUUACAUUGGCUAGUCUCCAGACUGUCUUACAUUGGCUAGUCUCCAGACUCUCUCACAUUGGCUAGUCUCCAGACUCUCUUACAUUGGCUAGUCUCCAGACUGUCUCACAUUGGCUAGUCUCCAGACUCCCUCACAUUGGCUAGUCUCCAGACUCUCUCACAUUGGCUAGUCUUCAGACUGUCUUACUUUGGCUAGUCUCCAGACUCUCUUACAUUGGCUAGUCUCGAGACUCUCUCACAUGGGCUUGUCUCCAGACUCUCUUACAUUGGCUAGUCUCCAGACUCUCUUACAUUGGCUAGUCACCAGACUCUCUUACAUUGGCUAGUCACCAGACUCUCUCACAUUGGCUAGUAACCAGACUCUCUUACAUUGGCUAGUCACCAGACUCUCUUACAUUGGCUAGUCACCAGACUGUCUUACAUUGGCUAGUCACCAGACUCUCUUACAUUGGCUAGUCACCAGACUCUCUUACAUUGGAUAGUCUCCAGACUCGCUCACAUUGGCUAGUCACCAGACUCUCUUACAUUGGAUAGUCUCCAGACUCUCUUACAUUGGCUAGUCUCCAGACUCUCUUACAUUGGUUAGUCACCAGACUCUCUUACAUUGGCUAGUCUCCAGACUCUCUAACAUUGGUUAGUCACCAGACUCUCUUACAUUGGCUAGUCUCCAGACUCUCUAACAUUGGCUAGUCACCAGACUCUCUUACAUUGGUUUAGUCUUCAGACUGUCUUACAUUGGCUAGUCUCCAGACUCUCUCACAUUGGCUAUUCUUCAGACUCUCUUACAUUGGCUAGUCUCAAGACUCUCUCCCAUUGGCUAGUCUCCAGACUCUCUUACAUUGGCUAGUCUCCAGACUCUCUUACAUUGGCUAGUCACCAGACUCUCUUACAUUGGCUAGUCACCAGACUCUCUCACAUUGGCUAGUCACCAGACUCUCUUACAUUGGCUAGUCACCAGACUCUCUUACAUUGGAUAGUCUCCAGACUCUCUCACAUUGGUUAGUCUCCAGACUCUCUCACAUUUGUUAGUCUCCAGACUCUCUCACAUUGGCUAGUCACCAGACUCUCUUACAUUGGAUAGUCUCCAGACUCUCUCACAUUGGCUAGUCACCAGACUCUCUUACAUUGGAUAGUCUCCAGACUCUCUCACAUUGGCUAGUCACCAGACUCUCUCACAUUGGCUAGUCUCCAGACUCUCUUACAUUGGUUAGUCACCAGACUCUCUUACAUUGGCUAGUCUCCAGACUCUCUAACAUUGGUUAGUCCCCAGACUCUCUUACAUUGGUUAGUCACCAGACUCUCUUACAUUGGUUAGUCACCAGACUCUCUCACAUUGGCUAGUCCCAAGACUCUCUUACAUUGGAUGGUCUUCAAACUCUCUUUCAUUGGCUAGUCACCAAACCCUCUUACAUUGGCUAGUCUCCAAACUCUCUUACAUUGGCUAGUCUCAAGACUCUCUCACAUUGGAUAGUCACCAGACUCUCUCAUUGGAUAGUCUCCAAACUCUCUACCAUUUGAUAGUCUCCAGACUCUCACAUUGGAUAGUCACCAAACUCUUCAACAUUGGGUUGUCUGCAAAUUCUCUUACAUUAAGUAGUCUCCAAAUUCUCUCACCUUGGAUAAUGUCUCCAAAUUCUCUCACCUUGGAUAGUCUCCAAAUUCUCUCACAUUAAGUAGUCUCCAAAUUCUAAACCUUGGAUAAUGUCUCCAAAUUCUCUCACCUUGGAUAGUCUCCAGACUCUCUCACAUUGGCUAGUCUUCAGACUGUCUUACAUUGGCUAGUCUCCAGACUCUCUCACAUUGGCUAGUCUCCAGACUCUCUCACCUUGGAUAGUCUCCAAAUUCUCUCACCUUGGAUAGUCUCCAAAUUCUCUCACCUUGGAUGGUCUCCAAAUUCUCUCACCUUGGAUAGUCUCCAAAUUCUCUCACCUUGGAUAGUCUCCAAAUUCUCUCACCUUGGAUAGUCUCCUAAUUCUCUCACCUUGGAUAGUCUCUGAAUUCUCUCACCUUGGAUAGUCUCUGAAUUCUCUCACUUUGGAUAGUCUCUGAAUUCUCUCACCUUGGAUAACCUCCAAAUUCUCUCACCUUGGAUAGUCUCCAAAUUCUCUCACUUUGGAUAGUCUCUGAAUUUUCUCACCUUGGAUAGUCUCUGAAUUCUCUCACCUUGGAUAGUCUCUGAAUUCUCUCACCUUGGAUAGUCUUUGAAUUCUCUCACCUUGGAUAGUCUCCAAAUUCUCUCACCUUGGAUAGUCUCCAAAUUCUCUCACCUUGGAUAGUCUCCAAAUUCUCUCACCUUGGAUAGUCUCUGAAUUCUCUCCCUUGGAUAAUCUCCAAAUUCUCUCACCUUGGAUAGUUUCCAAAUUCUCUCACCUUGGAUAGUCUCUGAAUUCUCUCACCUUGGAUUAUCUCCAAAUUCUCUCACCUUGGAUAGUCUCUAAAUUCUCUCACCUUGGAUAGUCUCCAAAUUCUCUCACCUUGGAUAGUCUCCAAAUUCUCUCACCUUGGAUAAUCUCCAAAUUCUCUCACCUUGGAUAGUCUCCAAAUUCUCUCACCUUGGAUAGUCUCCAAAUUCUCUCACCUUGGAUAGUCUCUGAAUUCUCUCACCUUGGAUAGUCUCUGAAUUCUCUCACCUUGGAUAGUCUCUGAAUUCUCUUGUAUUGAACUUUCAGUUAUGUAACAUGUCAAUUCUAGUCAGGUUUUUUAUUGAGUGAUUUUUACUGAUGUUUAUAUUUGUUUGCUAUACAUGAUGUGAAUCAAAUAUAGAGACCUACCAUUCCUCA